UAUAUUUCAUUCCGCCUCCCCAGAUCGAUCACCACCCGGCCGGAGAGCGAGUGACCUGAUUGCGCCGCGCACUAGCUUCGGCUGGCUGGUUUUAAGGCGCGCGACGGCCGCCCUCGGCAUGCGCCGUCCUGCUCGCCCGGGAAAUGGCGCCCGCAGCUGCAGCUUCGACCCUCUCCGCCACCUCCGCCGGCGCCGCCGAUGCUUCCAAGCGUCCGCCCGCUUCCGACGCUGAGCCGACCGGCUCCCCCGUGCUCCGCCACCUGCAGGUCAGCCAUGAGGACGGCGACGAGGCCGCGCGCAAGGCUGGCCUGGGCCACCAGCAGCUCCCGAGGCAGCAGCAGCAGCUCGAGUGCCCGCGCUGCCACUCCACCAACACCAAGUUCUGCUACUACAACAACUACAGCACGGCGCAGCCGCGCCACUUCUGCCGCGCCUGCCGCCGCUACUGGACGCACGGCGGCACGCUGCGGGACGUGCCCGUCGGCGGCGCCUCCCGCCGCGCCGCCAAGCGCCGCAGGGUCGACGACGCCCAGCCCUCGCCGCCGCAGACCACGGCGCGCGCGGAGGACGCCUACCGCCUCAUGCAGGACCUCUCGGCCUUCCCGUGCCUCAGCGACGGCAGCUUCCUGCCGCAGCUCGACCUCGGCGCUGCCCCGGCGCCGACGUUCUCGUCGUGGCAGCACUCGGUCGUCCCGGACUUUUACGACGGGCUCGCGCCGUGGGACGGCGGGACGGCUGGCGUGACGGGCGCGUGGGAUGACAUCGCCGGCCUCGAGCUCAGCUGGCCCCCUCCGGGGAACUGAUCAUGGCAGCCGGGCGCCGUUGUGAGGCUCCGGUUUUAGCAGUGCGGCCUCAUCAGGUUCAGGUAGUGCUUCCGAGUUCCUAGUAUGCAGUGCCAGCAUGUUUUGAUGAGCUAUUCAGCUACCAAUGCAAGCGGCUCAAUUCCCAUAUGGUCUCACUGUUUCUUCUCGUCCUUGUAACGAAAUGAAAUCGUGGCCAGUUGUUAGAUCGGUGGAUCAUGAUCUGUAGCUGCCUUGGGGAGGACAGGAUAUAAGAUCUGCGCAGUGAUUAUUGUGACAAUAAAUUAAGUUUGUGUCAAGCAUGCACUAGCACAUGCCUGCUGAUUUAAAAUGGACAUCACAAA